AUGAGAAAUUCAAGUUCCAAUUACACAUUAUAAAGAGAUUUCUAAAAGAUAGAUAGUAUUGAUUUGAGAAAUAAGAGUGGAAUCAGAAAUAAAAAAGAAGAGACUGCAUAUUCACGAAUCGAUAACAAAGAGAAUUAUUCAAUGUAAGCAGGAAAAAAUCAAUUAUUUUCUUAUGGAGCAAAAUACCAACAUAAACUUUAAAUGAAAAAAUCUAAAGUCGAGAUACCAGUUGUAGAAGUCAAAAGAGUAGAUGAUAAGAAAUAAUUGAGUGUCAUUUUCAAAUUCUAUGCAUCUUUUGGAGAUAGAACCAAUAUUGAUUAUAUUAGAUCAAACAAAGUACAUAAAUUAAUGUCAGAUUCGCAAAUCAAACUCUAGAGAUAGGAUUAGUAAUAAAUAGACUUACUUUUUGUUAAAGCAAAUAGAAAUAAACCAAAUAUGGAUUUUGAGAAUUUUUAUUACUUUUUGGAAUUACUAUCUGAGAUUUUAUAUGGGGAAAAUUCAUUUCAAAUCCUAAUGGACAAUCAUUUGACUCCAUUAUAUGAAAAUAUUAUCUCAUCAACAGAUUUAGGAGAUGAAGAAACAAAACUAUCUCAAGAAAUCGAUCCAAUUUGUGUCAAAUUAAUGUAGGUUGUUAUUUAACCUAUAACUUUCAUCUAUAAUAAAUACUUCCCUCCUUAAUUUAAGAACUUUAAUCUGAAAGACUAAUAAGAAGAAUUGAUGAUGAAAUAAUAGAUAAGAUCUUCAUUAUUUUUAUUUUUAAAAGAAUUUGAAAUCUGUCCCUAAUUUAUUACUAAAGGGUCUGCUUAUUUACUAUUAGACUACAUCUAAGCAGAUCUUAAUUUACCUCAAAUUAGCCAAUAAAAAAAACAAAAGUCACGAUUUGAUAUUAACUAAUUCUGUUGUUACAUUAUUAAGCUAGCCAUGAUGACUCUUCAAAGCUUUGAUGAUUCCACUCAAAUACAAUAAAUUAUAACUCCAUUGCAGAAGUUGGCUUUUUUACUCGAGAGAAUGGAGUUGAGUCAGGGGUUUAACAAUCUGGAAAUACCAUCAAACAACUCAAAAAUAAAUUGGAAAUUAAAAGUACCUGAAGAACUUAUUGAAUUAAUAAUUACUGAGCCUGAUGCAAUUCAAUAUUUAAACUCUACCACUUAAAGAAUGAAGGUUCAUCAGUUAAAAAAUGAAGAAUUUUAUGAUGAACAAGUGAAACGAAUUAAUACGGUGCCUACUAAUAGAGUUCGACCAUCAAUCCAAAUUAAUAAGUAAUUCGAGGAUUAAUGCCAAUUAUUAUUUCAAGACAAUUACACAUAAUUAAUUAAUAUCUACAAAUAAUAUUCAGGAAUUAAUCAAUAGACUGGACAGGAUAACGAAUUGGUCGGUAGUAAAUGGAUGAAGUUCUUGAAGGAUGCAAAUUUGGUUAAUGUAAAUUUAAUUGACAAAAACAGUAAAUUAUCUUACUAAGUACCUCACAAUGAAAUUGAUUUAAUUUUUACUAAGGCCUGCACAAUCUCAUAAAACAAUAGAACUUCAGUUCCAAUCAAAUAAAAGAAAUAAACUAUGAACUUCUAAUAGUUUUUGAAAGGUCUUUAAUUAUUAACAAAUGACAUACAUGUCUUAAAGACAAUUUUAUAUGAUCAUGUAUUACAUUUAAUGAGCCAAGGAUCUGAAAAUAAAAUGAAAGAUCUCCUCUCUUAAUUAAUGACCUUGUUAAAGGAUAAAGAAAUCGUUGAGUUUUUAGGAUUGCUACAUAAAUCUAUUUUAGUAUAUUAUAAACAUUAUACAAUUGGUAAAUAGAUUAUGAAUUUUGAAUAGUUCUUAAGAUUCUAUAAAGAUUUCUCAAUUUUCCCUGACUUAUUGGCCAAGAAUAAGAUAGUUCAGAUAUUUUAGAUAUUGUCCAAAUUGUAUGAGAACCAAGAAAAUUCAAAUGUCAAGAGUGGUCACAUUGAUCAACACAUGUUUGUUGAGUCUCUGGCGCUUUCAGCCCUGGAGGUCUUAUUUGAUGAUGAGGAAGGCUUGAGUUAGUUAGAAAAAAUAUACUUUUUGAUUGAGAGAUUAAAUUAAUCUGAUGGUCCUCGGAUUGUUCAGAAGUAAUUGGGACAUACAAAGUAAUAUUUAAAGUAACGAUUUAGAUGUCCUUCUGGUCAAGACUGGGACUUAUUGUAUCAUAUACGAAAGAGGUUUUCAUGGUUGAUUUAAUAACAAGAUUAAGUCUCUUACGAUUAAUGA